UUCAGUCCGUGGGACUGGAUCCUGUGCUCGGAGCGCAGCCGCACGGUGCUUCGCUGCGUGCGAUGAGACGAAUCGGAGCGUUUGGGGGCUCCACGGCCCUGUGGGCGCUGUUGGCCGCCCACGUGGCGGGGGCGUUCGAGCCCGUAAGCGUGGGCAUCGCCAUCGGGGCCGUGUCGGCGCUCACCGGCUACCUGUCCUAUACCGACUUCUACUGCCGCUUCACCGAGUGCUGCCAUGAGGAACGGCCCCUCAACACGUCGGCCCUCAAGCUGGACUUGGAAGAGAAGCUGUUUGGACAGCACCUUGCCACCGAAGUGAUUCUCAAGGCAUUGACUGGCUUCAGGAACAACAAAAAUUCCAAGAAACCAUUGACUCUGUCCUUGCAUGGCUGGGCUGGCACGGGCAAGAAUUUUAUCAGCCAGAUUGUGGCUGAAAACCUUUAUCCAAAAGGCCUGAAGAGUAACUUUGUCCACCUGUUCGUCUCUACUCUGCACUUCCCUCAUGAGCAGAAGAUAAAUGUGUACCAGGACCAGCUCCAGAAGUGGAUCCGAGGCAAUGUGAGCGCGUGUGGCAGCUCCGUCUUCAUCUUUGACGAGAUGGAUAAGUUGCAUCCUGGGAUCAUUGAUGCAAUCAAGCCCUUCUUGGACUACUAUGAGCAGGUGGAUGGGAUUUCCUACCGCAGAGCCAUCUUCAUCUUCCUCAGCAAUGCAGGAGGGGACCUGAUCACUAAGACGGCCCUGGACUUCUGGCGGGCAGGAAGAAAAAGGGAAGAGAUCCAGCUGAAGGACCUGGAACCUGUGCUGUCUGUGGGCGUCUUCAACAACAAGCACAGUGGCCUGUGGCACAGUGGGCUAAUAGACAAAAACCUCAUCGACUACUUUAUCCCCUUCCUGCCCUUGGAGUACAAACACGUGAAGAUGUGUGUGCGGGCAGAGAUGAGGGCCCGAGGGGCUGCUGUUGAUGAGGACGUUGUCACCAGUGUGGCAGAUGAAAUGACCUUCUUCCCCAAGGAUGAGAAGAUCUACUCAGACAAGGGCUGCAAGACUGUGCAGUCCCGGCUGGAUUUCCACUGAGCUCUUCAUCCAGUGGAGUGGGAAGAUUCAGGGGAACCUCCCACCCCCUUCCAGGCCUUGUCAUGGAGCACUUUGAAGAGCCCCCUUGGGGCUUUGCACAUUUGCACCUGUGGACUUGGGAUGCUGUCAGUGCAGCAUCUGAAGAUGAACUUUAAGAAUGCUCACACUGUUACUGUGAAUCAAGUGCCUAAAAAAAGAAAAAAACUGUCUGGACGCAGGCCAAAGUCCUGUGUGGCCAACAGCACCCAUGCCUCAGAUGCCACUAAUGGGCCUGCUGUACCCUCAGGGAGGCAGGGUUUCCUACCACUGGGCUGUUUUUUUCUUUUCUGCCUUGACCUGGGACUCACAAUUUCAGAAGCUGGUGGCACUGACAGAUGCUCGCUGCUAGAGGGGAGCAUGUGGGCUUGACCUUGGCUGGACUGUCAGCGUGAGCAGUGGGGGCUCCCUCUGAGGCCCCUGGAGCACACAGGGACACAGAGCCUUUGAGUUUAUGCCUUCCGUUCGCUACUGCUCACAGCCCUGGCUGUGGGAUGCUCUGUCCAGUCUCCCACUGUAUAUGGGUCACAACCUGCCUUGUACCUUGCCUAUCAAUUGUUAGAUUCACCCCAGCCUCAUCCCUGCUUGCAUCAGGAUGAGCUGUCAUUUUUGAAGGAGGUCUUUGGACCCUGUUUGCCUGUUACACUUGCUUUGAAGGUCAAGCUCCGAAUUGCAGAACGUGCAUAGGAAGAGAAGCUCUAGGCUGGGGCUGACCUGGCCAAACCCCAUGGGAAGGAGUGUGUCUGCUGUACACCAGAGAUGCCAGGGUUUUUGUUUUGUUUUGUUUUAAAGGACAUGCACAUAUUUAAAAUUUAUAUUUUUACUUCUAAAGCUUAGGUAAUAAAUGUAAAAUGCCAUGCAUUUUAAAACCUAGGAAGUGCCACAAGUGCUGGGGCACACCUUUAAUCCCAGCACUCUUGAGGCAAAGGCAGGUAGAUUCUGGGAGUUUGAACCCAACCUUGUCUACUUAGUGGGUUCCAGGACAGCCAAGACUACACAGCCCUUUUUCAAAAAAUAAAGAUCUAGGAAGGACUAAAAUAGAAUAAGGCUUAUUCUCAGGUUUUUAACGUUGCUGGGUAUGGGGCACAAUACCCAUGAUCCCAGCAGGAAGGUCAGGAUUCAGGGUUUCUCAGCUGGCUUGAGUUUAAGAACUGCCUGAGCUACAUGAAACUCAAAAGAAAAGAAAAAAAAAGGUCUUAUUGUUAAUUGUGUAGAGAGUAGAACUAUACUGGUACAACUCUGGCUUGUGGGUCCUGGAUGUAAUCUCAGGAUGACGCCUUGAGUGGCAUCUGGGCUGCUCUGACUGUAGGGAACUGAGCCUGAGUCCAGCCUUGUGAACCAUUCUGUCCUACAGUUGCUAUGCAGCUGCAGACAUGGAAACACUGCCAUGUUUUUAUACAAUGCGAUAGAAUGGCUAUUUUUAUGACACGGAAAUGCCUUAAAGAGAAUCACAGCUGUCAUUUAGAAAUGCCACGGUGAGCUGGGUGUGGUGGUGCUCACCUUUAGUCCCAGUACCUGUGAGGUCAUGGCAGGACUCUCAAGUUUGAGGCCAGCCUAUGCUACACAAGGGAAUGCCAGGCCAGUGGGGUGCAUGCCUGUAAUCCUAGCACUUCGGAAGAGGAGUUUAAAGUUAGUUGAGCUACGUACAGAGAGACCCUGUCUCAAAGCAGGAAGCAAACCAAAACGUGCCAAGGUGAGGGUGACUUUCAGACUGGAGCCAAGUUACUGUUUAUGACUGUUGGGCUCCCGGUUUUCUGUUUACAGUGAUGUAAUACGUGGACACGUGUUGGCCACCUUUGGACUGCUGUUACUGAUCUCCAACUUUGAAAGGCCUGGUGUGGCCUGCCCCAGCCUCCCUGUGAGAACAGAGAUGGACACAAGAUAAUAAAAGCAUUGUGAGACGUAA